ACAUCCCAAGGUUCCUGAUUGAUACAGGAACUGAACUUUAUAUCCCGUCCCCUUCCCCUCCUCUCAGGCACGCUCAGACACCACAGCUGUGGCCAGAAGGACCCUACAGCAUCAGCAUCGCAGCGGGAAGUAUAUUAUACCUAGGUACACUAUAAGAAACCCGCAGGAUGACUUCCCUGCGGCCCUUCCACGCCGCCGACGUCUUCAAAUUCAACCCCACCAACCUCGACCCUCUGACUGAGACCUAUGACCUGAACUUCUACUUCUCGUACCUUGCCCGCUGGCCGCACCUCUUCAACGUCGCCGAAGGUCAAGAUGGCACUAUCGACGCCUAUAUAAUGGGCAAGCUCGAAUCCUCUCCCUCCUACAUGCAGUUCAGCGAGCACUACCUCCCCUUCCACGCGCACAUCACGGCCCUCACCGUCGCGCCGCACGCCCGCCGUCUCGGCCUCGCGCGCACGCUGUCCCAGGCGCUGGAGCGCAGCGGCGACGAGUACGAUGCCUGGUUCGUCGACCUGUUCGUGCGGAAGAGCAACAAGAUCGCCCAGGCCCUGUAUACCGGUAUGGGAUAUAGCGUGUUUAGAAGGGUCCUGGAUUAUUAUAGUGAUGACCCGACGGAUCCGUCCAAGGCCGGGGAGGAUGCGUAUGAUAUGCGGAAACCUUUGAAAAGGGAUAAGGAUUUGAAGCAUAUUAGGAAGAAUGGUGAGGACUUUGCGGUGGAUCCGACUGAUGUGUGGUGAGAGGUGGGGGGGUAGGGGCAAAGAGAUUCAAGAUUCGGGAUCCAGAGCUGGCGAGGGCGCAUUAGAGCUAUACACGUCAGUGAAGCUUGGAAAUAUGCGCAGCAUUGAGGUAGAUGAACUGUGCUCAAGUCACUCGCACCACCCAGCUAAGGAUGGCUUGGAAUAUUGGACAGAAUCCUGC